AUGUACGCGGGGCGUAGGCGGAGGAAGCCGGUGCAGCGGGCGACGGGGUCGGGCCUGGCUGAAGGCGGCGGCUCCAACCCGUCCAAGCGGCACCGGGAGCGGCUGAACCGGGAGCUGGAGCGGCUGGCGGGGCUGCUGCCCUUCCCUCCCGACGUGGUGGCCGGGCUGGACAAGCUCUCGGUGCUCCGCCUCAGCGCUGCCUUCCUGCGCGCCAGGAGCUUCUUGGGCGGUGCUCUGAAGAAUCCUGGUGCUAAAGAAGUCCAGAGGGAUGGAACCUGUGGUACCAGACCAGCUCUGGGCUUGGCAGCUGUUCCAGAGGGUGAGCUGCUCCUACAGGCUCUCAAUGGCUUUGUGCUGGUGGUGACAUCAGAAGGGCUGAUAUUUUACUCCUCACAUACAAUCCAGGACUAUCUGGGAUUUCAACAGACAGAUGUCAUGCACCAGAGCAUCUUUGAGCUGAUCCACACUGAGGACCAGCCGGAAUUCAGGCGCAACCUCCACUGGGCCCUGGACCCACCACGCACUCCCAAGGGUGAGCCUUCUCCAGCAGUGGGGAAGAGUGUUGAUUCCUGUGCUGCCAUCUACAAGCCAGAGCAGCUGCCCCCAGAAAACUCCUCCUUCCUGGAGAGGAGCUUUGUGUGCCGCUUUCGCUGCCUCCUGGAUAAUUCCUCCGGCUUCCUGGCUUUAAACCUUCAAGGCAGGCUAAAAUUCCUUCAUGGGCAGAACAAAAGGUCUGAAGAUGGCUCUGCCAUGCCCCCCCAGCUCGCUUUGUUCGCCAUCUCCACGCCCCUGCAACCCCCGUCCCUCCUGCAGAUCCAAACCAAGAACAUGAUCUUCAGGACCAAGCAUAAGCUAGACUUCACCCCCUUGGCGUGUGAUGCCAAGGGGAAGAUUGUCCUGGGCUACACCGAGGCGGAGCUGCGGAUGUGUGGCACUGGGUACCAGUUUGUCCAUGCUGCUGACACGCUGUACUGUGCUGAGAACCACAUCAGGAUGAUGAGGACGGGGGAGAGUGGCCUGACAGUGUUCCGGCUGCUGACCAAGGACAACCGCUGGAAGUGGGUGCAGGCCAACGCACGCCUCGUCUACAAGAAUGGCAAACCCGACUACAUCGUGGUCACACAGAGACCCCUCGUAGAUGAAGAAGGAGGAGAACACCUUCGGAAGAGGUCCACGCAUCUUCCCUUUACCUUUACUACAGGAGAGGCACUUCUGUACCAAAGCACUCGCCCUCUCCUGGGCUUCCCUGACCUUUACCAGAGCAAAGGAAAGCCCUGCAAGUCCAAGAAGCCCUCCUGCAGCCAUGUAGGGCACUCCCAGAAGAAUGGCAUCGACCCCAGGUCCCUGCUGGGCACUGUGAUGCGACAGCAUACGGCAGAGUGUGCCUCCCACCCACCUCCCACCGUGAACCCUUCCUUCAGCAGCGCUUUCCAGCUCGGGGAUGUGUCUUUGCCAGGUGCAGGAGGGGGUGCCUGGAGUACAGGCACAGCUCCAGCUUCUUCAAGUGGCAAUAGCCUCCAAGAGAAGCUGCUGGAUUUGCAGCAAGAGGACCCUCUCUUGGCCACCAUGAACUCACUCUCAAUUAAGAGUGAUGAGAGCUGUUCCAACGAGCUCUUCGGUGCUUUGGAGGGCCUGGGCUUGAAUGCUGAGGACCUGGAGCUCCUGCUGCUGGAUGAGAAAAUGGUGAUGGUCAAUAUGGACCCAGGGCAGUCCCCAUUCCUGAAUGACAGCCUGGCCAGCGAGCAGAUUCUCUCCUCUGUCCCCAGCCCUCCAGUGGAUGAGCAUGAGGGAGGGCAGCAAGUCUGUCCUCUGCCAGGCACUGCUUCAUGCCAUAUGGAGAGCAAGGACUCAAGGUGCCACCUGGCACAGCAUGCAGGGCAGCCCAGCACUGCCCUGGGCCAGCCCCCUGCCCUGCUGUGGGAGCAGGCCCUUGGUGCUGUGCCAGGGCUGGUCGUGGAGCUUGCUAAGCAGGAAGAGCCAUCCAGUGGCUCCCAGUGGAGACCAGCUGGGGAGCAGACUGUGCUUCACUUCCUCCAGCCAGGGCAGGGCACCCCAUGGGACAGGGCCCCCAGCUCAGCCCCAAGAGCCCCCUGCCUGCAGGAGCCACUGAGGGCUGGGCAGCUGCAGGGAGACUUGCCAGCUGUGCAGCCUGUCCUGGGUGAUGCCCACCAGUCCUUCUCCUUGCCCAGCCAGUGCCAGGACCAGCUGAAGCACCAUCACUUGCUGAUGAAUGGAGUGUGUGGCCACAGCCCCAGCUCCUCUCCACACUCCAGCCGAUGGCAGGACUAUGCUUACCCACUCCUGGAGUCUCCAGCUCAGCCUAGCAUUCAUGGCCUCAGCCAAGACGUGAUCUCCCAGCCCCAGGGCUGUUUGGGUGUGUCCUCACAGCACUUCAACCUGAAGAGCAGCAUGGAACCUGCUGGCACUGGAGACUCCUGGGAGAAGAAGGCUCCAGACCCCGGUUUUGUUCCUGCUUCCUACCAGCUUAUUCCUGAAAAGCAGCUGAGCCCUGUUCCCUCUGUGCCCCAUCACCCUUUCCCUGGCUCUGCUGCAGGGCAUACUGGGAGCAUCAGCAGUCCUUUGGAGACUCUGGAUUCCUAUGGGACACAUGCCUCUGCACUGAGCCAGGGGGGCAGGCACAGGCCCUGCAGCACCUGUGGUUUGCCCAGCUCUCCCAUGGAACUGCCCCAAGACUACCCAGUGCUGGGGCAAAGCCUGGCACUGCCCUGCCAGCCUCAGCCCCGGGCAGAAGUGCUGCCAGCUUCCUCUCACGCCUCCAGGGAGGACUUCUGCUUCUAGGAGAGAGAGGGAUGGACAAAGCAGGACUGUUCCCUGGGGAAGGAGCAAACUUCAAGCUGCAGAUAACAAGCCUUCCCCACUUCUGUGCACAUCCUGCCCGUGCUAUUGAUGUUGGUCGCUUUGGCUCACCUGGGGGGUUUUGCCCCUUUCUCAACUUCCCACUGUCGUGCUCCCUGUGCUGUUCCCAUGCUGGUGUCCCUGGCCUGGGGAGGGACAGCAGCACGGCUGGAGGACAGAUUUCCCAGGGUGCUGGAGGAAGCUGAGCUGUGGUUGCAAGUCAGCCUAGGAGUCCAACCAAAGCUUUGUAUUUACAUGCAUGAUCCAGCAUGCAUACAAGCCUCAUAAAAGCCUGUCCUAAAGAAAGAGACACAAGUUUUCACCUCUUAUAUUAACUCUUCUGCUAACCCAGCCAGGUACUUAUGACUGUAGCCUCGUUGUACAGAUAUUGCCUGUUUUAUAAGGAAAAUGAGCCUUGUGUGGUGUUCUUGUGUUGCUCUGAUCCUUUCCCACCCCAGCUUUCCCUGUGUCCCAGGUGUUCCCAGUGUUUGGGAUCCAGGUUAGAGCUCCUGUAGCAAACACCCUGGGUCUUGCUGUACUGUACAAGACAUGCCCAGAUUGACUGCUAAAGUGGUUCUCUCUGGGUGAUGGCCUCCAAGAUACCCUCAGACUUCAAGUCUCAAAGUUUCCAGUUAAAAAACAGAAAAUUCAGUAAGAUAAAGAAAAUCAGUAUAAUGCUACUUAAUUGUAAGAACUGAGAGAGUGGUAUUUUCCCACAGAAAGAAACCCACAGCCCAUAGGUGUGCAUAAUGAGAGUUGACAGAUUUAUUUUUUUGCCACUCUAGUAGAAGGAAAAAAACUCUUACCAUCACAAAGCAGCAUCCUGUGGAAUGGGAUGAAGAGGUUCUUUAAAAGAUCAGAAACACGGUAAUCCUUUAAGAAACCUGACAAAGCUCAUCCCUCCCUUCUCCUGCUUGCCCACCUUUGGAUUCAUGUGAAUUCCUAUUGGUUUUGUUUCAAUAAAUGGUUUUUGGAGCUCCUCCCUGCUCUCUCCCUCGCUGGUUGUCUCUUCCCAACCUGGAGCAUGUCAGGGUUUGCUGGCUGCAGCAUUGGAGCCUGGGACACAAUGGGUUGGGUUGGAAGGGAUCCUGAGGAGCACUUGGAGCCUUUGGGAUGUACACAGUCCAUGUGCCAGCUCCUACCAUGGAUGUUUGAAAGGAACUGGAAAAUCUGACAGAGAAGG